AUGGACCACAGUGAAAAAGUGGACAGGCAAACCAAUCCUCGCGAAAAGGCUAAUAUUUUUUCUGUUUUAACUUUUUUUUACACAGGAAAGAUAUUUGCACGAGGUUUCAAGAGAGAUCUUGAAGAUGAUGACUUGUACGAGGUUAUCAAAAAAUGCCGCUCUCAACAAUGCACAGACAAAUUGGAGAAUGCUUAUAUUAAUGAAGCUGUUACCACUAAACCUGGAAAGAAAGUAUCUGUAUUACGAAUUUUAUGGAAGUUGUAUGGAUUUAAAUAUUUUGCUUUAGGAAUUAUUCAUAUGACUUGGAGAUUACUAACAAGUACUUUAGAGCCUGUAGCCAUUUCAAACCUGGUAGCUUAUUUUAAACCUGGCCAAACUCAGAUGACAUUAGAGGAUGCAGUUUACGCUGCCGCACUCAUGCUUGGACUAGAAGCAUUUCAUAAUCUAUACUACCAAAAUUAUUUUAUUUAUAUAACGGAACUGGCGAUUCAAAUCAGAAUAUCAAUGUGCUCGUUGAUCUAUAGAAAAGCUUUAAGACUGAGUCCAAAAGCUUUUGAAAACACAAGUUUAGGAAAUAUUGUCACAAUUAUCACCAAAGAUAUUCAACAAUUCGAACAGUCUAUAUGGAUGUUCAACGAUGUUUGGAUUUCUAUUAUACAAACGAUUGUGAUUUGUAUUUUAAUAUAUCUACAUACCGGAAGUGCGUGCAUUGUAGGAGUAUUCAUGCUAUUGGCUCUAAUACCAGUGCAAGCUUGGAUAUCAAGAAUCAUCAGAAAUCUUCGUUUGAAAAUGGCGAAAAGAACAGACGAAAGAUUACAAAGAAUGCAAGAGAGCUUAUCAACAAUAAAAACUAUUAAAAUGUAUACGUGGGAGCAAGUUUUCGCAGAUAAAAUUGGUGAAGCACGAUACCAAGAAUUAAAAACUUUACUUAAAGCCACAUAUUCAAAGAUGUCUCUUGGAAUCACCAGCAGCUUAGUCGCAAGAUUCUCUCUUUAUUCUGUAUUAAUGAUUUACAUAUGGAUACACAACGAUAUGAGUGCAGAAGAUAUCUACUACAUCAUGAAAAUAUUUGGUGCUCUUAGAGUGACCGUAGCAAAGGACUUUUCAAUAGGGUUCACUAAAAUGGGAGAAUUAUCAGCGUCUUUAAAAAGAAUCACAAAUAUUCUUGAACUUGAAGAGUUGCCAGAAGUUGAAGAUAUACCUGAUAGUGACCCUUACGUUAAUUUGAAGUGUGUUUCAAUAAAGUUUCAAGAGAAAUUUGUUUUAAAAGAUAUUUCUCUGGAACUAUCAAAAGGUUUAAACAUAGUAACUGGACAAUUAGGUUGUGGAAAAAGUUCUUUAAUCAAAGUGAUACUAAGGGAUUACCCUGAAGAUGAGGGUACUGUUAAUACAAGAGGCAGGAUGAGUUAUGCCUCGCAGGACCCAUGGCUGUUUCCGUCUUCCAUCAAACAAAAUAUUCUAUUUGGAGAGGAAUAUAAUGCUUCUAAAUACAAGCAGGUUAUUUUUGCCUGCGCUCUAGAAUACGAUUUCCAAAUUCUAGAAAAAGGGGACGAGACAAUAGUUACUGACAGAGGCAUGAAUUUAAGUAAGGGUCAGCAAGCUAGAAUUAAUCUAGCAAGAGCUGUUUAUAAAGAAAGCGAUAUUUAUCUGAUAGAUGAUGCUCUUACUGCUCUAGAUAGCAGAGUUCAAGAACAUAUCUUUAAACAUUGCAUUCAAGAGUUGCUCAAAGAUAAAUGCGUAAUUUUUGUUACUCAUAAUCCCAAGCACAUACAAUUGGCAGAUAAAGUUGUAAUUCUAGAAGAUGGGGAAAUAAAAUUUUCCGGAAAUCAGCGAAAUAUUUCCACCGAAAUGUUAGAAGGAUUAGAAACGUUAUCUGUGAACGAAUCAGAAGCAACAAUAGAUGAAGAAGAAAUUAACGAGAAGACAAAGCUAAUUGAAGAAGAAUCAACAGCAAUACGUAGAAAACAAGUCUACCACGAGGAAAAGAAAUCUGGAAACAUUGAUUUUAAACUAUAUUUGCGGUAUAUCAAAAUGGGUGGAUAUAUUUUAAGUACUCUAUUGGUUAUUACGUUCGGUGUAGAAAUUUUUCUGGACAGCGUAUCACAAAAAUUGCUAAGCAGUUGGAUAAACCAAAAAGCUUAUAUUACUCGCCAAAAGGAAGUUUACAUAAAAAAUACGACUGCAGAUAUGGAUCAUCUACUUACUGUUGCCAACUAUUCUGCGACCAUUUUCCUCAACGCCACUUUUAACGUAUCAUCAACUGCAAUAAAAGAAAUUAGUUAUCUUGAAGUAGCUGCUUCGAGCACCAUGAGUUUGUAUACCAUUUCAACAGUCGUUUUGGCUGGUAUGGAGUUGAUUAAAAGAUACCUUAUAUUAAAAGUAGGAAUGAAAGCUUCAAUAAGUCUGCACGAUAAUAUGGUUAACAAAGUUCUAAAAGCUACGAUGACCUUCUACGACAACUUUUUUAUUGGUAAUAUUCUCAAUAGAUUUUCUCAGGAUUUCGGCGUUGUAGACGAACAUUUACCAAUCAUUAUGUCGUCUUUUGUAGGGAAUUACUUUCAUUUAAUAGGUAUAGUUGGACUAAUAGCAUCAGUAAACUGGAAGUUUAUGGUGCCGGCGAUUGUAAUGGCUAUCACAUCAAUACUCAUUCGUUUUGUCUAUAUUCGCACAGCAAGAAGCUUAAAACGUCUUGAAGCUGCUACAAGAAGUCCAAUUGUGGGGCAUCUGAACUCAACUAUGGAAGGUUUGACGACAAUAAGAGCUUACAAAGCACAAGAAAUAUUAAAAAUUGAGUUCGACAAACAUCAGGACUUGUAUACCAGUGCGUUCUACACUUCAGUGUGUACUAAAGCUGCGUUCUCAUUUAUUAUGAACUUUUCUGCCCUUCUAUUUGUAACUACAGUUGUUAUACGAUUUUUAUUCCUUGACAAUGGAUCUUUUGCUGGAGAUGUAGGAUUAACAUUAACCCAAGCUGGAGUAUUGACAUCAAUUAUCAACACAGGAUUAAUGACUUGGUCUGAGUUAGAAAAUCAAAUGACCUCCGUUGAAAGAGUUAUGGAGUAUACACAGGUCGAAUCAGAAAGGAAUACUGGAAUUGAAGUUAGUAAUUGGCCAAGUAAAGGGGAAAUAGUGUACGAACGAGUAUCAUUAAAAUACACCAAUUCGCACGAGAAUGUCUUGAAAGAUAUUUCCUUUACAGUAAGACCGGGUACUAAAAUUGGCAUAGUUGGAAGAACUGGAGCCGGUAAAUCUUCUAUUAUUUCUACGCUGUAUAGGCUAUAUAACUAUGAAGGCCAAAUAUACAUCGAUGGUACAGAAAUCAAAACUUUAUCAUUAUCUUUCCUUAGACAACAGAUAUCUAUUAUUCCUCAAGAUCCCAUAAUGUUUUUGGGAACUGUAAGAAGUAACAUAGAUCCCUUAGAACAAUUCACAGAUGAAGAUAUUUGGCAAACGUUACACAAGGUACAACUCAAUAAUGCUGUACCCCAUCUUCAAGCUCAAGUUGCAGAUUUAAAUUUUAGUACGGGCCAAAGACAACUGAUCUGUUUAGCAAGAGCUAUCAUAAAAAGGAAUAAAAUUGUUGUUUUAGACGAAGCAACAGCCAACAUGGACCCUGAAACAGAAAAAACUGCUCAAAAAAUUAUUGAUGACAACUUUUCUGCUUGCACCAUUCUAAUAAUAGCUCAUAGGUUAGAUGCCAUACUCGAAUGUGAUAAAGUUUUGGUUUUAGAUAGAGGUCAAGUUAUAGAGUUUGAUGAACCUAACGUGUUAUUAAAUAACGAAAACAGCUUAUUUGCAGAAAUGAUCCGAAAUUCUAAAGGCAAUGAUACAAACAAUAUAUACGAUAAGAAAAAAUUGUAA